AUGUUAAUUGGUCCCCGAGUUGAUGGAAAAGCUAUCAACGGUCCUAGCAAAGUCACAAAUGAUGUUUACAUGGAGAGCUUAGGGGUGAAACCUACAGAAGCGGAUAAAACAGAAGCGGAUAAAAACAGAGGUUCUGUUAGGAUUACGUGGCUAGAAAAUUUAUAUGAAAUUUUAAAAUAUAACUAUGCCCCCACACAAAAAGAUAUUAUUUUACAAGCUAAAGUUUAUAUUUUACUUGUAAUCGCUACUAUUUUAUUUCCCGACAAGAGUCAAAAUCUUUUGCAUUCUUCCUGGAUUCCUUUCAUAGGGGAUCUAGAAAAAUGCGGCACCUAUAGUUGGGGUUAUGCAUGUCUUGCAAAACUGUAUAGGGAAAUGUGCAAGGCAACAGUCAAGGAUGUUAGGAGCAUGAGUGGUUGUGUUCUUCUACUCACUUCUUGGGCAUUCACGCGUAUACCAUUGUUUGCUCCUGUUAGUACAGUGCAACUGUCAUAUCCAUACUCACAAAGAUGGGCCCAAAGACGGAUGAAUCACAAUGCUAAUCCUCGUUUUCAUCUACAAGGAUAUCGAAACGCAUUGGGCCAUAUGCAAGAAAAAGAUUUUAUAUGGAGUUCGUACAUUCAAUACCCAGUGUCCAAUCUUAGAGAUAGCCAGAUCUGGAGUACUACAACUUCUCUUAUUUGUUUCUAUAUCGUUGAAAUGCAUCAAACAGAUAGGGUAAAACUCCAGUUUGGAUUUGAACAACAAAUCUCUUCCCCGCUAAGGUGUCUAAGGGAACACCAUGCAAUGACAAUGAGAAAAGCCUAA